ACUUGCCCCUGUGAUGGGAGAUGCCGCGAUGUGGACAUCCACGCGCAAGCGGCAACUCACCAAGCAAGAGCUAGCGACUCUCAAAAGAAUACAUGACCAAACAGUUGAGCGCGACACGCAACGAGAACGUAGCAGGGCGCGUCUCAAGGCUAUUGUACAAGAAGCGCAGCCGAACGAACCAACGAUCUACGCUGGUUUGUACAGCGACUCGACAAAGUGGACGAAGGAAGAAACACUUGCACUGGCUCUCAAGCCAUUGGCGCCACUGGGGCCAGCCGACAUCUCGGGACAAUACCACUUGCGAUCCAUCAAACACCCGUUUCCGAUUCCAGGCAGUCAGGUCAUUCGUGAGAAAGAGCGCAUGACGACAGCGCUGGCAAAGAAAUUAUCGAUCGGAAUCAACAUAGCAUCUGCAAGCGAACCGAGUUUGCACUCCACUUCUCACUGCUCGGCCAAGAGCGACCACCAAGACUGCUUGCACACGCUAGAGUCUGGGAAAUUGCACUUUACGGCCCAGUCAAUGUUGGACAUCCUCCAGGAACAGCAACGGCUUCUUCAAAAGCAAAACGUCGAAAGGCUACAUCGCUUAGCUUCAGUGGAAGGGACUACGAACGACUUGGCCACGUUUUGGCGGUUGUUGGCGGCGGGGCGCACUCGAGAAACAGUGCUCAUGUUGACAGAGCACGUCUUUCUCGACAUCAACGUAGCCGUCGUGCAAAACACAACUGACGGCACCAUCACGCUGAAUCCAACCAAAAGCCACAGCUUGGCGUUGACUCCGCUCAUGGCUGCUGCGCGCCUGCUGAACGUCGACGUCGUCGGAGCGCUUUUGGACCGUGGGGCCGACCCGAAUGUCCCGAACGGAAACGGCGACACACCGUUGCAUUACGUCUGGCGGGACGUUCCCCCUAAUAAGCCGCGCAAUAUCUCGAUAAAGUGGACUUUGCGUGCUCAAAAAGCAGUGGCCAUUCUCGACAACCUGCUUGGCCACGGCGCAUUAGCCAACACAACUAACUCGUUUGCGGAAACCCCGCUACACUAUUGCGCUAAGCUCGGCAUCCAAGCCGCCGUGAUGAAGUUACUCCACAAAGGAGCAGACCCCCGCAUGCCGGACAGGACGGGUCACACGGCGCUGGACUAUGCAAAACUCCAUGGCAACAUGGACAUUCUCAGCGUCAUGGCGAACUUUCACUCGAUCGAAACAGAAAAGCAACGGUGCGACGACAUUCAACGGGCCAAGGACAUCCCACACCACCCUGGCCAGACGAGCCUGCCUUGGUCUACUCCCCCGGAUCGAAUGCUCCAACAACUCAAGCUUGCUUCCCACAGAGCUGCCUACUUGAAAGGCCACUGCGUCACGAAGGACGGCACGGUCGUUCUCGCGCCAAACGACGAUGUCAUUCCUCCAAGCGCAGCCAUGCACAAUUCUCGACGAUGAGGGCGAACUUGCGACAGUGACAACACAAAGUGCGUAAGUUUUCAAUUUGAUGCUAUGGACAAAAAUGACGGGGAGGGUGCUCGUGGGGGUGGCUCUCGACGCGAGCUACGUGGACGACGACGACGUUGGGAGUGGGGGCAGCUUGCACCCCGAGUACAACUUGGACACGACCUGCUGCAUCCACGCGCG